AUUCAUUUCGAUCGAAAUUUUAUUGCGGAAGACUCACGUGUGUUCACAUUUGGGUCUUUUAUUGGCAGAGAUCAUGUUGCUACUGGAUGGGAUAACCAUCAACGCAUCAGCAUCCAAUUCGUCAAGCAUUGAUCAAAAGGACGUCCUACUACUAGAGCCGUACAUUGUUCCCGUUUUCUUCGGCCUCAUCUUCGUGUCGGGAGUCGUUGGCAAUGGCGGCCUCAUGUUCAUCAUCUGCCGCUACAAAUCCAUGCGCAACCUGCCCAACUUAUUCGUGUUCAAUCUGGCCCUCGGCGACCUUUUCGUGCUCCUCUUUGCCGUCCCGUUCACGACUUCAAUUUACAUGUUUGAUUCGUGGCCAUUUGGAGAGUUGGUCUGCAAAGCUUCCGAGUUUGCCAAGGAUACUUCGGUGGGCGUUUCCGUUUUCACGCUAACGGCCCUCAGUUUCGACCGGUACAACGUGAUUGUCAAUCCUGUCCAGUCGUACGUGGCUGGCCCCAAAUCGAAGCCGUGCAUCAUCAUCACUCUGGUGGUCAUCUGGUUGGCAUCGCUCGGCUUGGCCUUACCGGCCGCCUCAUUUUCGCAUAUUUUAUUCAUUUGGGUGAACAAAACCGGCGAAUGGACUUCGAGCAAAAGCUUGCAGCCGGACACGGAAUUAUUGCUAAUUAACGACGACACCAACAGGACUGGAGUAAUAGAGCCCAGCUAUUUCAAUGAAUUUCACGUUUGUUAUCCCUUUCCCGGAGAAUUCGGUCCCGCUUACGCCCAAAUUGUCAUUCUGGGCAGAUUCUUAUUUCACUACUUUAUUCCGCUACUCGUCAUCAGCACGUUAUACACAAUCGUGGCCCGUCAUCUCAAGCGCAGCGCUGGGAUUAUUCCUGGCCAAGCGACACUGACCGCUGCCUCGAUUAACCGUCGUUCAUGUCCGCCAGAUAAUUCGUCAAACAAUGCUAAUAAUAAUCAAGAAUCCCGUCGCAAAGUGGCCGUGAUGGUGCAAUGUUUCGUGGGCUUGUUCGCCGUCUGUUUCCUGCCGAUUCACGUCUACUCUUUGUGGUUUCACUUUGACCCGAGAUCCAAGACGAGGUACAACCAGUACUGGCACGCGUUCAGGAUUUUCGGCUUCGUCUUGGCCUACAUCAACUCGUGCAUCAAUCCCAUCGCCCUCUACUUCAUCAGCACCAAUUUCCGCAAGCAUUUCAACCGGCUAUUAUUUUGUGGCUGCUGGGGAAGCGACAGCAUCACCUCCCACGGGAGAAGUGCGCUAAGGUCCCGCUCUGAAGUUCGUCUAAACAACUAUCCGCUCAAUGAAUUCGUUCAUCACCGGCAGCAAUCACGUCCGUCUUUCGAGCCGACAGUCUAGGUUCAUCCGUGCAUUGCGUGGACAGUAAAUUCUUGACCAACUCGGAAUUUUAGACGAUGUCAAUUCCCCCCCCCCUCCUCCCUCUAAUAGCAUUACACAAAAUUAAAAAAAAACUUUUAGGAGGAUUUGAAUAAUUAUCCCAGGGAAAUUCGCUUCUUAGCUUCCUGGGAAAAUUUGAUUUAUAGCUCAAUAAAUCUGACAACAAUUUUGAUUGUGAUGAAAUUUUGAUGUUUAGCCCCGGCCCCCCAAUACCCAAUAGUGACAAAAUAGCAACAAAUUUUUCUGUGAUUGCUGUGUUAAUAAAUGUUUAAUUUCCAGAGGAUCCGUCACCUAAAUCAUUUACAUUUUUCGUACUGGUUUUGAUUCGUUCCAAAUGAUUUUUCUAACCCUUUCCUUAUCAAUUUUAUUUUUGUCACUUUUUUACUUUCUCUGACUCUCCCUCCAUUUAUUGCGUAAUAACUCUUACCCUUAACCAAGAGAUCCUUGGAUUUACCAGAAAAAUGAUGUAAUACAUUUCAUUCUAUCUCGUG